AGUUCUAACUCGAUCUGAACAGGGACUCAAUGGCCAUAUGAACUUUAUGUAUUUAAGUUCGGAUAAACCACGGAAGUGAGAGUUGCGCGACGCGCGACAGCCAAAUUAAGUCACUGUUUUUUCCUGUUAUGGUACAUUUCAGGCCAAAACGGAAUAAUAAUCCUUAAUUUCAGUCCAGUUCUUUUUAUAUGUUUCUAAAAUUCUAUGAAAUGUUGGGGGAAUCAACAUCAAAAUCUGAGGUUAAGUUUUUGAAAUGUCAUCAUAACUUAAACAAUAUAUGGACCCAGUUCAUGAAACUUAGACAUAAGGUUAAUCAAGUAUUACUGAACAUUCUGCCAGAGUUUCAAGUCUCAUGACCAAGGUCAAAGGUCAUUUAGGGGUCAAUGAACUUUGGCCAAGUUGGGGGGUAUCUGUUGAAUUACCAUCAUAUUCAUAACUUUAAAAGUUUAUGGAUCUGAUUCAUGAAACUUAGACAUAAGAGUGAUCAAGUAUCACUGAAUAUCCUGUGCGAGUUUCAGGUCACAUGAUCAGGGUCAAAGGUCAUUUAAGGUCAAUGAACUUUGGCCCAGUUUUGGGUAUAUGUUGAAUUACCAUCAUAACUCUGUAAGUGUAUUGGUCUAGUUCAUAAAACUUGGACAUAAGAGUAAUCAAGUGUCACUGAACAUCCUGUGCGAAUAUCAGGUCACAUGACCAAGGUCAAAGGUCAAUGAACUUUGGCCAUGUUGAGGGUAUCUGUUGAAUUACCAUCAUAACUUUGAAAGUUUAUGGAUCUGAUGCAUGAAACUUAAACAUAAGAGUAUUCAAGUAUCACUGAACAUCCUGUGCGAGUUUCAGGUCACAUGACCAAGGUCAAUGGACUUUGGCGAUGUUGGGGGUAUUUGUUAAAUAACCAUCAUAACUCUUAAAGUGUAUGGAUCUAGUUCAUAAAACUUGGACAUAAGAGUAAUCAAAUAUACUGUAUAACUGAACAUCUCAUGCGAGUUUCAGGUCACAUGACCAAAGUCAAAGGUCAUUUAAGAUCAUUGAACUUUGGCCAUUUGGAGGUAAUUUUUAGAUUGCUGUCAUAACUUUCAAAGUUUAUAGAUAUGGAUAUAGGGGUAAUCAAGUAUCUUUGACAAGUCUUAGGUCGCAUGAUCAAGGUCAAAUGUCAUUUAUUGUCAAUUGUAUCAUUAUAUGAUUGGUGUUUUUGUAAUCAUUUUAUAGUAGUUUUCAAAGUCAGCACUGCUGCCAUAUUGAAUCGUGCGAUGCAGGUGAGACUGCCAGAGGCGCUCCACUUGUUUUCUUUAGUACCUUAUUUUAGAUGUACUUGACAAUAUUGCUCUACAUUUAAAAUAACAUGUACUAUUUAUACAGCUUGAUAAGAGGUUUUGAGUUUGUGUGUGUGUGUGUUUUAGAAUUUAGAUCUUGAAAAUAUUGAUGCCAGAGGUCUAUGAAUCAUGGGUUUUUUACUCUUGAGCAAUAGCUCAGCAGCCGGGGCCUGGGCCGUCCUGCAUGAAGUUUUAUGCUGGCCUCGUCAUGUCACCAUCAUCAGCUUCGUAGAUGUGAAAUUUUGAAUAUGAACCAUUUUCUUGAUUUUUAAACAUCCACAAAAUUAUUUGAAAUACAGGUUGUUCGUAUUUUUUACCUGUAGCCCCACAAAUUGUUUGCAAAUUCGGUCUUCUGAGACUUCUCGAGAUGAAAGUUGUUGUUAUUUUCGCCCCGCACCGCUGAAGUCGAAUGUUAGACUCAUUUCGGGUCGCGCGCUUGAUAAAUUUCUGCUUACACAGUGCAGGGGACCCCUAAGCUCCCCCUAAGCACAAAAGAUUUGAGUUGCGCAGUCUACAUUAGAAAAUGCCUGUAGGCUGUAAAUAAAGUACAGUAUAAUCUGUUUUUAAUGGCAACUUUGACUACAACACAAGCCAUAAAAAGUAACAUGUUUAAAAAUUUUGUCCUCCCAAUAGACAAAAUUACUUAAGUUUAAACCUCCUCUCAAUUUUACUAAGAACGACUGUAAUUUUACCACAUAUAAGUAGACAUUAAGAGAGAAAAGCAGGCCCAAAAGAGCAUGACAGACAAAGUCAAAGCAUGAUGGACACAGCAAAAGUGUGAUGGACAAAUGGCAGUUUGGCAAAUUAUAAUAAGGAUAUAAGCAAGUAUGGAGAUGUCUAUACUGCUUUUUACUGAUUUAACAAAUGUAACCAUACAGUGUUAUAAGUUAUGUAAGUUUUCAUCCGGAGGCCUCAUUUGCCCUAUCGGGCAUGUGAAAUUCAUUGGCUUCCAGUCAUAAAAAAAAAGAAGUAGUGGAGUACUGGCAUAAUCGCAUAUACAAUAAUGCCUUACAUAGUUACAAUAAAUGUUAGUACACAUUACUGGGUGGGUACAGUACUCGCCUCUCUAAAGUGGCGAUGCUACUUUCAAAAUUUUUAUUUUUUGUGCUCCUCCUGGCCCUGUGCAUUGAGCAUUGUUUAUGCUAAGGAUAUGUGCUUAAGAAACUGUCUCAAAAUACCACACAUACAGCAAUCCCCUUUACACCGGUAAACUUAGCAGUGAGCUAAAAACUGACUGGGGGCCUUAUCUACCCCAGGACCUCAAUUACCUCACUCUCCCCUACAUGCGUCAUUAUGUCAUACCAGAUAGACUUCAAAUACACCCUGUGCUUAUCUUGUAUUUGUUUUUGUAUUUUGCUUAAAAAGGUCCCACUCACUAUCUCAGACCAGUUCCAGGAUGUGGUCCCCACGCCGCAACAGAUAGCAUUAAGGACCAGGACCAGCGAAAAGCUCAAAUUCAAUCUUACAUCCUGUAGAAAUUCACGCCAGGGAAAAAUAUUUGUUGUUGAUGAAAAAGGAUAUGUUUGUUCAUGGAAAGAUUUGCUAGCUAAUGGUUGCUGUAACCCUGAGGCUAAAUCCAGCUCAAUACACAACUGUAACGGAUGCUCAAAGAAUGGAUGCUGUGUAAAUUAUGAGCGUUGCGUCUCGUGUUGUAUGCAUCCAGAAAAGGAACAUGUUUUACAGGACAUGUUGGGGAAGGCCAGUCACACAUUCCGGUUAUUAUUUCAGUCAGUAGCUGAUCAUUUUGAGCUCUGCCUAACAAAAUGUCGUACCUCAUCUCAGAGUGUCCAGCAUGAGAACACAUACAGAGACCCAGAUGCCAAGCACUGCUAUGGAGAAACUCAACCAGAACUCAAGCUCAACUCAUGACCUCUGCUUGACCUUCUGACCUUUGACAUCAAGGUGACUGAACCUUCAGGGAUAUUGUUUAAUAUGAAAA